AACCCAAAGACGAACCCAAAGAUCAACCCAAAGAUCAACCCAAAGACCAACCCAAUGAUCAACCCAAAGAUCAACCCAAAGAUCAACCCAAAGAUCAACCCAAAGAACAACCCAAAGAUCAACCCAAAGACACUUCACCAAAAGAUAAUACACUUGAUCAACCAAAAGAUCAACCAAAAGACAUUCCGAAAGACAAUACAGAUAACAAACCUGAUCAACCAAAAGACCAACCAAAAGACAUUCCGAAAGACAAUACAGAUAAUACACCAAAAGAUCAACCAAAAGACGACAAACCCAAAGAUAUUCCAAAUGAUAAUGCACCCAAAGACACUCCAAGUGACGCUCCAAAUGAUAAUGCGCCAGCGGAUGCUCCAAAGGUUAUUACACCUGAUCUACCCAAAGACACUCCAAAGGAUGAUACACCUGAUAAACCAAAUGACAAUCCAAAGGAUGAUAAACCAAAGGACGCAGACACUCCUAUAAUU